AUUAUAAUAAAAUAAUAAUAACAGAAUCUUGAUCUACAUACAUACUCCUAAUAAUAAUAAAUCUUGAUCUAGUUUUUCACAACAUCCUAAAACAGAAUCUAUCUAAUCUAUGCUUCAAGCUUGUUCUGCUUGAGCUUUAUAUAUAUAUAGUUUCAGGUUGCAUUAUGGCAACAAAGGGGAAUUCAGGAGAUAACAGGACUAGGAGUUCCAUUACUAUAUUUAUAGUUGUUGGUUUGUGUUGUUUCUUUUAUUUAUUGGGGGCAUGGCAAAGAAGUGGUUUUGGGAAAGGAGAUAGUAUAGCUUUGGAGAUGACGAAAACUGGUGCAGAUUGCAACAUUCUUCCAAAUCUGAACUUUGAGACGCACCAUGGUGGUGAUGAUCGCAUAGUUGACCAGUCAAAAGCAAAAGUUAGAAACUAUAAGCCGUGUAGUGCUAAGUAUACGGAUUAUACACCUUGCCAUGAUCAAAGACGAGCCAUGACGUUUCCAAGAACAGACAUGAUUUAUAGAGAAAGACAUUGUCCUCCUCAAGAACAAAAGUUAAAGUGCCUGAUUCCUGCCCCUAAAGGUUAUGUAACACCGUUUUCAUGGCCCAAAAGUCGGGAUUAUGUUCCUUUCGCUAAUGCACCUUAUAAAGCCUUGACGGUUGAGAAGGCUAUCCAGAACUGGAUUCAGUAUGAGGGUAACGUGUUUAGGUUCCCCGGUGGUGGGACCCAAUUUCCUCAAGGGGCAGAUGCUUAUAUUGAUCAACUUGCUUCUGUAAUCCCAAUUGCUAAUGGGACUGUUAGGACUGCCUUGGAUACUGGCUGUGGGGUUGCGAGUUGGGGGGCAUAUCUUUGGAAGAGAAAUGUUGUAACCAUGUCGUUUGCACCUAGAGAUAAUCAUGAAGCACAGGUUCAGUUUGCUCUUGAAAGAGGUGUACCUGCCAUUGUGGGCGUUCUUGGUUCAAUCAAAAUGCCAUUUCCAUCUAAAGCUUUUGACAUGGCCCAUUGCUCUAGGUGCUUGAUACCAUGGGGAUCAAAUGAUGGGAAAUACAUGAUGGAAGUUGAUAGAGUUCUUAGACCUGGUGGCUUUUGGGUGCUUUCGGGUCCUCCAAUUAAUUGGAGAAAUAAUUACAAAUCAUGGCAACGUCCAAAGGAGGAUCUUGAAGAGGAACAGAGGAACAUCGAAGAGGUUGCUAAGCUUCUUUGCUGGGAGAAAAUAUCUGAAAGUGGAGAAACAGCUAUUUUUCAGAAGAAACUAAAUCCCGAGUCAUGUCGUGGCUCAGAAGAUGCUCCUGGAGUUACAUAUUGUUCCCAAGAUCCAGAUGAUGUCUGGUACAAGAAAAUGGAUACGUGUGUAAGUCCCGCCAGUUCAAAUGCUGACGUGGAAUACAAGCCGUUCCCGGAAAGGCUUAAUGCUAUCCCGCCACGAAUUGCUUCUGGGUCCAUUCCAGGAGUUUCUGAAGAUAAAUAUCUGGAGGAUAACAGACAGUGGAAGAAACAUGUAAAUGCUUAUAAAAGAAUCAAUAGAAUCCUUGAUUCUGGAAGAUAUCGCAACAUCAUGGAUAUGAAUGCUGGUUUUGGAGGAUUUGCCGCUGCUCUUGACUCUCCCAAGUUAUGGGUCAUGAAUGUGGUCCCCACUUUGGCCGAGAACACUCUUGGUGUUAUAUAUGAACGCGGGCUUAUUGGCAUCUAUCAUGACUGGUGUGAGGCUUUCUCAACAUACCCACGAACAUACGAUCUCAUUCAUGCGAAUGGUCUAUUUACCUUAUACAAGGACAAAUGUGACUUUGAAGACAUUCUUUUAGAGAUGGACCGAAUCUUACGUCCAGAAGGUGCUGUUAUACUCCGUGAUGAAGUAGACGUCCUUAUGAAGGUAAAAACCAUCAUAGGGGGAAUGCGAUGGGAUACAAAACUAAUGGAUCAUGAAGAUGGCCCCUUAGUCCCAGAAAAAAUUCUAGUUGCUGUCAAGCAAUAUUGGGUGGUUGGUUCCAACUCCACAUCAACACGCUAAUCACCAUAAACUGGAACCUAAAACGGUAAUUUCAAGAAAUCUUUGUAUGCCCAUUUACUAGUUUUUAAAUCAUGUUAUUUAGCUAAGUUAUCAUUAGUUAAGCUUUAUAUGAUAUUCCGUUUGUUGUAUCUCAAAACAAACAAAAGCCUUUUUAAAGUUAAUGGUAAGAAAUGUUUAGUUGCAA